AUGUCGUUUCGCGGAACACCCCGAGGCGGCCGAGGAGGUGGCGGCUUUGGACGAGGCGGCGCAAAUUUCACUCCCCGUGGAGGUGGGUUGACGUUUGUCGAUGUUUUGCUAACGGGGCACGUAGAAAUGGGCACAUUUGUCCACGACGUCGAGGGCGAAAUGUUCUGCGAGUCGAUAAACCCGAAGAUUCCUUACUUCAAUGCGCCGAUAUAUCUCGAGAACAAGACGCCCGUUGGAAAAGUCGACGAGAUCCUCGGACCGCUCAACCAAGUCUACUUCACGAUAAAACCGCAGGAGGGCAUACAGGCGAAGUCAUUCAAAGUGGGCGACAAGUUCUACAUUGGCGGCGACAAGCUGCUACCGCUGGAUAGGUAG